UUAACCUGACGAGGGGGAUAACUUCCUGUUUAUGGUGACGUCACGACUGCAGCAUCUCGCCCCGCCCCCUCCACGGUCAAGGCAAAAUGGCGACGGAGCAUUGCGAUGCCAUGAACAUGGACCCUGACAUAGAACUGCUCAGCGACGAGGAACUGGAACGGGAGGCAGAUGGCUACAAAGAGCAAGGCAACGCCUACUACAUCCAGAAGGAUUACACCGAAGCCUUCAAUUAUUACACCAAGGCCAUCGACAUGUGUCCAAAGAACGCAAGUUACUACGGAAACCGUGCAGCCACUUUGAUGAUGCUGUGUCGGUACCGCGAGGCUCUGGAGGAUUCCCAGCAAGCAGUGCGGCUGGAUAACGCCUUCAUGAAGGGCCACCUGCGAGAGGGGAAGUGCCACUUGUCCCUCGGCAACGCCAUGGCGGCCACUCGCUGUUUCCAGAGAGUUCUGGAACUGGAGCCGGACAACAGCCAAGCCCAACAGGAGCUGAAGAGCGCCGACUCCAUUUUAGAGUACGAGCGAAUGGCGGAGAUCGGGUUCGAGAAAAGAGACUACCGCAUGGUGGUCUUCUGCAUGGACCGAGCCCUGGAGUCGGCCUCCGCCUGCCAUCGCUUCAAGAUACUAAAGGCGGAGUGCUUAGCCCUGCUGGGACGCUACCCCGAGGCGCAGUCCGUGGCCAGUGACAUUCUACGAAUGGACUCUACCAACGCCGACGCCAUGUACGUGCGCGGUCUGUGUCUGUACUACGAGGACUGCAUUGACAAAGCGGUCCAGUUCUUCGUCCAGGCCCUGCGAAUGGCUCCGGACCACGAAAAAGCCAGGCUGGCUUGCAGAAACGCCAAAGCUCUGAAAGCCAAGAAGGAGGAAGGUAACAAGGCUUUCAAGGAGGGAAGCUUUGACGCGGCCUACGACCUGUACUCCGAGGCGCUCACAAUAGACCCCAACAACAUCAAAACCAACGCAAAGCUGUACUGUAACAGAGCCACUGUUGGCUCCAAGCUGAAGAAAGUAGAGCAGGCCAUUGAAGACUGCACAAAGGCCAUAAAACUGGAUGAGACCUACAUUAAGGCCUAUCUACGACGAGCGCAGUGCUACUUGGACACUGAGCAGUACGAAGACGCGGUCCGGGACUACGAUAAGGUUUAUCAGACGGAGAAGACCAAAGAACACAAACAGCUUCUGAAGAACGCUCAGCUGGAGCUGAAGAAGAGCAAGAGGAAAGACUACUACAAGGUGCUCGGCGUGGACAAGAACGCCACCGAGGACGAGAUCAAGAAGGCGUACCGCAAACGGGCGCUCCUGCAUCAUCCAGACCGCCACAGCGGCGCCAGCGCCGAGGUGCAGAAGGAGGAGGAGAAGAAGUUCAAGGAGGUCGGCGAGGCCUUCAGCGUGCUGUCAGACCCCAAGAAGAAGUCUCGCUACGAUAGCGGUCAGGACCUGGAGGAUGACGGCAUGAACAUGGGCGAUUUCGAUGCCAACAACAUUUUCAAGGCCUUCUUUGGCGGCCCGGGAGGUUUCAGUUUUGAAGCCUCCGGACCCGGGAACUUCUUCUUCCAGUUCGGUUAGAUGUGAGGAUUUUCCUCGUCACCCGUCACAACAUCAGGACGUCAACGCCAACCCCCUCCCCCGAGCCCACCAUCUGUAUUCCAGUGCGAUGCAGAUUCUCGUCUAUGCCAUUGACUCGAUGCAACCCGACAACCGCACGCACGCACGCAGCAACUAUUUUCCGUGGAGUCCGGGACGGGGCCCACGCUGCGCCUGUAGAUGUAUUUUAUCUUCUCAUGGUGUGGUGCAGCUACUCUUUUUAAGGGGUGGGGGGGCGAGGGGGGUGAGAUGAGCUGCGGGUUAAAACGCUGCAUGAAAUCUGCAAGCAGGCGCCCUCUCGUAACCCUUCUUCCUCAUAGGGACCGUCGCUGCAGACGGCGCUCCCGCCGCCCGUGUGAGCCUCGAUGUGUGUGUUUGAAGUCACAGCAUCCGGACGCAAAGGAAAAAAAAAUGCCGGCGGAUCCCUCCCCCGCCACCCCCUUUCUUCUUGUGGUCACGCGUUUUUAUAUUUGACGUUGCCAUCCACAAAUUGCUGCAUUGCACAUUUGACUGGAAUGUAACAUAAUGAAUACGUGAUUUUUUUUUUUCAAUCCCAUUAUUUUCAUGUGUAUUUAUUGUUGUUUUUGCCGCCAUUGUGGAUGGACAACACCACUGAUAGCUUCUUAUUCACACAAAUAGUAGGACAAUAACGUUGUUUUCCACCUGGCUGCUUCUAACAUUACAAUCCAACACAAUGAAGGGGAUGAAUGGGGCACGUAAACAAUCCAGUUGUGUUACAAUGGUUGGAGGGGCGUGUAUAUAGGGCGUCCUCACCUUUACUCUCAUUGUCAUUCAGGUGAAACCUUUUUGUUUUUACCAGCCGUGUCAAUAAAGGAGAUCUAAAUGCA